AAUUUGAAACUAUACACACAAAUAAAUGUACAGGACCUUUAUGAUUCUUUAAAUCGUCAAGAUGAUUCUCUUAAGAAAGUGGUGUUACGCUUAACUCGCAUAGAAGAAAAGUGUGGAAGUAACAAACUUGAAGAAGCAGACAAGGGCAAAAAUACUACAGAAAACGAUAGUGUUACAGGACACCUCGGGGAAAACAUGGAAGGAGAAGUGAAAGAAGAAGAAGAAGAAGUAUUAGGAACUGGAGAGAGUUCAAGGAGGGGAAACGAAGGAGAGGGAGGCGAAUGUGUGAAGGCUCGCGAGGCAUGUGUCGAACCGUCCUCAUGCUCUUCCACCUCUUCAGCCUCUUCUUCAGCGGAUAGGAUCCAGCUUGGAGAGCGUGGACUCGAGGGAAUUCCACGAGCGGCUUGCAUCCCAACUGGGCCUCUACCCGAGCUAUGUGCCAAAGUGUAUCACCUUCCGGAAGGCUGCCGGAGGGAGAGGCCUUCCAUCCCGGAUUCUGACGGGAGUCGUGAGACGUCGUUAAGAGAGAUGUCCGGAGAUGGCGCAGGGGGAGCCGUACCUUUCAGAGAAGCUGUAGGGAGACGUGAGGGGUCGUUAAGGCGGAUGUCGGGAGAUGCCGCAGGUGGAACCAGACCUUUCAGAGAAGCUGGUAGUCGCGAGGAGUCGUUAACAGCAAUGUCUGGAUAUGGCACAACUGGAGCCAGACCUUUCAUAGAAGUUGGUGAUGGAGAUGUCGACGUCUUCGAUUGGCUUCAGACACUAUCCAGUUAUGCUGACUGGCUGAGACAUCGACAAAGAAGAGACCACUUGGAGCACGAAGGCAAUAACUUACAUGUUUUCAUGUGGAUGUUUUACAAGCAUCCAUUUGCAUCAAACCGUUCAGUGAAUGAAAACGUCAUCGCCACUACUGCUCCCGCUACAGCCACUCAAGGUGGUGUGCCGGCCGCCACAGCAACAGUUGGCAUCGCCGUCGCUCCUGUGUCCGCCCCCGUCUCCACGUCGCUCACUCCCGUUGCCGCCUCCACCAGCAUUCCCUCCGUCGCUCCGACCCGCGUCUCCACCGGCACUGAUCCCAUCACCUUAGACACACCCUGCGAUGCCUCCGUUCCCACCACUGCCGUGACCUCCCUCCGUCACCAUGUGAACGCGAGCUCCCAGACUUUCCCAGCCCGUGACACUGCCCUCACACGGGUUCCUGCCACCGAAUCGACCUUCUCCAGUGUUGCUCCCUGCUCCGUCGACGCUGGUUACGUGAAUCGUACUCCAGCGGUCGUCUCGGCUGGCAAUGACCCCUUUAACUCUCACUCAAACCACGGAGCCGUCCUGCCCCUCACGGUCAUCUCGCCGCGUCCAGUCGUGGACGCUUCUUCCCAGACUUCCCCAUCCCUUGCAAACUCUUUCGCACUCCCCCCCAACAUCUCUACGGGUCCCACUGCGGUACCCUCCCCCGUCUCCACCAUCACUGAUGGUUCCUCGGAUCGUGCUCCAGCGGUCGUCUCGACUGGCACUGACCCGUUUAACUCGGUCUCUGACCACGCUGCCGUCCGGUCCGCCACGAUUAUUUCCCCACGUCCAAUGGCGGACGCCUGCUCUCAGACGUUUACAUCCACCCCCCUCGCACCAGCCUCCAGCACCGUCUCUAGCUGUUCCACAGUGGUUCCCUCCUCUGUUUCCAGCGUCUCUGGUGGUUUCUUGAAUCACACCCUAACGUUCGCCUCGACGGGCACUGACUCCUUCGACGUCCACUCAGACCAAGCUACCGUGAAAUCUGCCACGAUCAUUUCCCCGCGUUCAGUCGCGGACGCCUCCUCGCAAACCAACUCUACGUGUCCCACUGGGGCACCCUUCCCCAUCUCCUCCAUCAAAGGUGAUUCCUCGGAUCCUGCUCCGGCGUGCGUUUCCGUAGGCACUGGCACCGAACCGGUGCCCUCGGUUUCUCACGCAUCCGUCUCCACGUCAAUCUCCAUUCCCUGUCGGGCCAAGGAUGCCGGUUCCCAGACGCAAGAACACGAGGAGUUUUUCUUACCUCAUCUCCGUACUGGCCAAUAA